UUCAUCUACAGGCCAGAUAUGCAGUACACCCCUGCGAAUAUCUCCCUUUCUCUGGGCUCUGUCUAUUUUGCUUGAAUAAGACAAGAGCCCCGUGUUCCGGGAAUCGCUUCUGUUAGUGGCUGGUGGUGUGAGGCCGAGGGGAGGCGGACUACACUGUGAGCUCGAGUAUGAGAGAGAGGGGAGGGAGAAGGGAGAGAAACAGCCGCCUUCAAACAUGGCGUCUUCGAGGGAAAAUGACUAAUAUUAUGAAAAAAGGAGGCCUAUAUCUCGACGUUCAACCGAACUGCUCUAGAUUGGACCGCAGCGUCGGUUUAUACCGUUGAUUUGAAUCUAUCCCCAAGUACGCGACGGGAAAGCAGCGUGAUUUAUUGAGAAUAUAGAGGAACACAAGCUUAUUUUGGUGCGUCGACAGAGCUAGCGCGCUGCUGCUGGCGCACAACACAAUUCUGAAUUUCGCAUUUGCCAAACAUCGAGCGCGAAAUUUGCUCGCGACAUUAGUGCAUGCGUACUGUGGCUGUUGUUUAACGGCAGAUGCCCCUUGCUUGGUUGAUACAUAUUUCAUACAACUAAAGUAAGUGGAGAAAGGGGAGGAGAAACAAGGGAAAGGACGUAUACGGUCAUACGCGACCGUCGGUUUAUCGGUUACCAGGUCAAACCGAAUUCUUGCUCGGAUUAUUUACACUUACACUCAGCCAGAAGAAUGGCAUUAAUUGCUCUGGUUUUAAAUGAGAAAAAACUGAAAGGGAGGUGAGUUUUUUUUUUUUUGAGGUGGUCGGUGUACACCCCCUCUAUCACGCACUCCUCUCCUCCCCUCCAUUUCCCUCUCCCUUUUCAAUAUGCUAUUUUUCACUCUUAUGGACUUGGUCGCCUCUCACCAGGAAGAAUGAUUCAAAUUUGACAACAGCACCGCGAUCUUGCCGUGCAAAUAUAAAUAUAUAUUGCACCGAAAUCGUUUGCUCGAUCCAUCCACGCGCAUUUCAACGCAAUGGACCGAAAUUACCCGGGAGCAGGCUUCGGUGAUUUGGGCGCAGGAGCCGGAUGGAGCUACGAGAGAUCGGCUAAAGCGAGCUUGGUGUAUGGAAGCUCUAGAUCAUCACAUCCGGAAUCUGAACUUCUUCAUCGCCAGGCUUAUGCCACUCCCCAUUCCCUGCCGGGUUAUGCUACCAAUCACCAUCCUGGUGGUUCUGGCCAGGGUGGGGCUUGGGGUGCAGCUGGAAGGAGUCUGGGCUUGUCUGGACUUUUUGAUGCUGGGCUGCACCAUGCAAGCCCAUCAGGCCCAGAUCCAUCGGUUAUGAACCUUAUAUCUGCACUUGAGUCCCGGGGUCCACAGCCUCCUCCCUCUGCCUCGUCCCUCCUAUCUCAGUUCCGCACUCCAUCAUGGCAGACUGCCAUGCAUACACCUGCCCCUGCAGAGCUCUUCAUCUCUGGCGCCCUUCCUGGUUCUGGAUCCUUCCCAUCCUCUUCUGCUUUGUCUGCCUAUCAACACCCAGCUUCAUUCUCAGGACGGUCGUUUCCUGGUGUGACCCCAUCAUUAUCCCUACAGGACACGCCUACCUUCAGCCCCACCUCCAAUGGCCUCCUGUCACCCCAUGAUCCUUUACUCCACAUCAAGACGCCUUCUCAGUCAAGCCUAGGCUUUGACCGCCUGUUGUCUUCACAGAGUGCAGCUGCAGCUUACCGUGGAAGUCAUGAUCCAACUGGUGGUGGUGUCUCAUCUGCUCAAGCCUCUUCUGUAGCCUCAGCUUCUGCCCGUCAUCUGCAGUCUCAUCAGUUCAACUUGCUGUCCUCCCAGCUUCAAGAUCAGUCGUCCCAGUUGUACAGUGCCUCUGUGUUUUCCUCUACCCCAGCUCCACCUCAGCCAACAUCUCAAGAGCGGACAGUACCAAGACAAGACAGUGUAAUUAAACACUACCAACGGCCCUCGCCCCACUACCUUAGCUGUGGCGUGUCAGGAUAUCAGCAAGCCGCUCAUUCUCGUCAGACUGGCCACUCUUGCAGUCCUUUAGGUGAACACAGUCCCUCCUCAGAUCAUAAACCCUCCCAAAGGACUGAACAGUACAGACCCAUUAUCCAGCCUUCUUAUGGGUCCUCAUCAUCCUCAUCUUCUGGUGGGGCUGGGAAGGUUACUAAAAGCAGCUCCAGCAGUGGUUACUCUUCCUCAGGAUCUGCAUCCUCUUCCAGAACCCCACACACUCCUCCUUCUGCCUCAUCUGCUUCUUCCUCAUCCUCAUCCUCUUCCUCCUCCUCUGCUUCUGCAAGUGCUCGUCAGUCUAAUUCCAUUCCAACCUCCACUUCUGCCUCUGCAUCCUCUCGGCAACAGCCACCUACUCAGACUGUACCACCUCCCCCCCAGACACAUUCCCAGACCCCACAAAGUUCCUCAAACUCCACCCAGCAAACCCUUCCCAAGUUGUGCCUCUCGGGCUAUGGAUCCCCAGUGGCUCCAGUCAAGUCAUCAAGUGGUCUAACUGGGCAGACCCCUCCUCAGCCACAACCUCAGUCUUUCUCUCCAAGUCAGCCAUCACUCCUUUCUCAGACAUAUGGGGGAUUCAGUUCUUCCCAAACUCAUGAUCUGCCUUCAGCUAGGACCUCUGGUGCUGCUAAAGGGUAUGGGAAUUUGGGGAGUCAGUCAUUUUCAGCAGAAUCAGUAUAUGGGACUGAUUCAGGCUAUGGAUCUCUGCCACCAUCCUUAGGGGGUGCUGGAAGCCCCUCAAUGGGCUAUGGUGCAUCAGGACACUCUCCUGCUCUUCUUCGGUCAGGAUCAAGUGGUGGAACAACCGGUGGUAGUAAUAGUGGAGUCAGUACUGGAACAGGAGGCAGCAGUGGAGGAGGUGGUGGAUCUUACCACAUCCCUGAUACUAGCCCAUCUCCUUCUGGGAAUUCUGGAAUCAUUCGCCCUGGUCUUCAUUCUCCUGCACCAUCACGACCUGCUCAAUCACCCGUUGGAGCGGGAUCCAACAAAUAUUUAUCUUCAGUCCUCUCUCCUUCGUUUCAGCCAUCUCCACAAGGGUACUCGGACACAAGAGGAACUCGAUCACAGUCCUACCACACCACUGCUCCUUCCAAAACAAAGUCUGAUAACAGCAUACUUGGUGUAACAGAGUCUCAGCAGCAACAAGAGGAUGACGUUGAUGAUGAUUUUCUCAUCCAACACCUUCUUCAAGCCCAGAGUCCAACUCCUGAAGCGUCCCACCACCAUGCUCCUCAAAGCCAUCAUUCCUCACAGCCUACCCAGCAGACUCCAGUCCUUCCUGCACAGGAUGAAAAUAAAGGGCUUGCUUAUGAGAUGAGUAAAAGCUCAGAAGAAAGGUAUCACCUUCAAAGUGUUAUUCGAACCCAUAGUGCCACCUCAAAUGCUGCAAUCUCUGGCUCAGGAACUGGAGCUGGACUGGACAGUCAAUUGGAGAUGUCCCUAAAGAAACAGCAGCAGCAGCACCAACAACAACAACAACAGCAGCAGCUUCAACAGCAUCAGCAGCAGCCACAGCAGAAGAGUAACAGGACUGUUAGUGAUGGAGGACGAGUGAACUCAGAUCAGACUCAUUCCCAUUCUCAUCAUCAUCAUGAUUCUCUGGGAUCAGUGGUACAUUAUGGGCGGGGUGACCCAUAUUCUCAGCACUCCAUUCCUCAACACACCACCUCCCACCAUCAACACACUCCACAUACACUGACACACACACACCUUCAUUCUCACUCACACAUGGAUCUUCAGAAAAAGCCUCAAGAAUCAGGAGAUAUGGCUUACAUUCAUAAAGAACCUGAUGUGCAGCAACACCACCAUCAACAUCAACAGGCACAUCAGCAGCAAACACAACAUCAUCAGUCCCAUCCACAACAUCAACAGCAAACACAGCAGCAACAGCGUCACUCUCAGUCCCAGUCACUUAUAGACUCUCCCACUGACCAGUCUCGCCAGCCUUCUCAUUUGCUGCAGUCUGUGCUGUCCCACACCCGCAGCAAAAUAGAGCCUCAGCAACAGCAGCAUUCUGUAAGCCAACAGGCCCUGAUAGAAGCCAGUGGGGGAGUUGUGUCAGCUGAGACACAUUCACAACCCCAAACAUCCCAACUUCAACUCCAACUUCAAUCCCAGGCUUUGGAAGCAGCUGGUCACUAUAGCCAUGGUUCCCAACAAGACCAGAGUCGCCCUAAGUCUAGCACAGUGUCUCCAUUAGACAUGCUGGAGCACUCCCUCUCUCAGACCUCCAGCCAGGAGGGAGGAAUGGUGGAUGAGAGGACAGGAGGUGAAGAAAGCAGGGGGAAUUCAGGAGCAGCAACAACAGGAAGUGUAGAGAGGCGCCAGUCACAGGAGCAGCAAAGAAUUUCAUCUCACCAUCCCACACCGCACCAUGCCUCUGAGUUACACUCAUAUCUUUCUGAGCCAGACAUGAGUUUAUCAACAACUUCCCAUGGACACCAUCUCUCCCACCAUCACCACCAACAACAACCACCGCAAGGUCCUCAGCAUCCUAAUUCCCACCACCAACACCCUCACCCUUCCCAUCCUAAUUCACAGAACCAUCAUCAUCUUCCUCCACAGGCAUCUUCUGCAGCUUCUCAGCAACAAGAGCAGGCCCACACUUCCCAUUCCUCCCAGAUUCCUCAAGCUCAACUCGACCAGCAUCAAGGAGAGUCCCACUUUGACACCAGGAAUUCAGCUGUGAAAGCAAAUCAAAACCAAACCCAACAAAGCCAGAGGUUUGUUCCUUUAACAUCCAUCUGUUUCCCUGACUCUCUUCUCCCGGAUGAGGACCGCUCAUUUUUUCCAGGAAUGGAGGAUAUGUUCUGCCCAGAGGAGUACAAAUCCACCUGCUCAGGAGGAAGUGGACAGGGUCAGGAUGGGGUUGCAUCUGGCCAAACCAUACAGGAAGGUAUGGAAGGAAAUAAAACAACACCUGGAGAAGGAGACAAUACAGGUCCAAGUUAUGAUAUGCUUGGCCAUAACAGUGAUCAGGGGUUUGGGCAGUAUUGCCAUGAUCUUUCAGAACCUGACAAUGUAACCAUGCAUUUGGAUCUUGACUCCUUGAAGACUCAUGACCUCCCAUCGACAGUCAACACAGAGCAGCUUGGGUUAAUCCAGUCUCAACCAUCCAACCUUGGAAUAGGGACAACUGGAAGUGUUGGGGAAGGAUCUGGUGCCAAAAUAGGUGGUACUGGAGGAUCUGGUUCUGGAUCAGGGGGUCUUACCUCUCCAAUCUUCUGUUCCUCUCGCCCAAAGAAGCUCCUGAAGUCAAGUUCUUUCCACCUGUUGAAGGAGAGACCCGAUCCCAACUCCUUGCCCAAGAAGAGCUAUGCACAGGAGUAUGAAUUUGAGGAUGAUGAGGAUAAGGCUGACGUGCCUGCUGAUAUUCGCCUCAAUAGCCGAAGCAGGCUUCCUGAUCUGAUACCAGAUCUUGUGUCCAGUUGUCGCAAAUCAAGUGGAAUUGGAGGGGGAACUUUAAGCCCUUUAAUGGGUGAUUUGGACUUUGGAUACCCAUCCCUUGGUCCUCCACCUCAAUUAUUGCCCCAUGAUGGACCAAAGAAAAGGGGCAGGAAGCCCACAAAGCCCAAAAGAGAAGGACCACCAAGACCACGAGGACGUCCACGAAUACGCCCAUUACCAGAACCUCCCCACACUAGGGGUAUGAUGGGACAGUAUGGAACGGGAUGCGUUCCAGAGAGAGGCAGAGGCAGGGGAAGAGGAAGAGGCAGAGGUAGGCGUGACGAAUCAAUGAUGGACAUGGAUAUGGCCAAUAAAGAUCCGAAUCAGCUGUAUCAACAGCACAUGCAGCAGCAAAUGCAUCAUCAAUCACAGCAGCAACCACAGCAUCAAGAGCCAAUUAAAUCCAUCAAGAUCAAACUUCCUAUUGGAACCAUGUCAUCUUCUGAUGCCUUGUUGCGGACAGACUCCUUGUCAGGUACUGAUCCGGCUCUCUCAGAUGGUUCCCUCGGUUCAGCUCCCUCUUUGGGCUUGAGUCCUGGGACACCCGGAGUGCCUGACAUGAACAGAUCUCAAGACAAAAACAAGUCCAAAUCACAAGAGAUGGAAGAGAAAGAGUCAGAGAAGACUGGCUUUGUUGCCUCAUUUCUAGAUUUUCUUAAGUCUGGAAAAAGGCCAUCAGGAAUGUCAACGGGGUCCACUGACAGCGCUGGGAAUGAAGAUGCAUCUCCUGGGAAAAGUGGAGGCAUUCGCCCAUUAUCCCCUCAACCACCACCUCCACCAACUGCUACAGCUGUUUCUGGAUAUGGAGAUGGUGAAAGUGAUGGAGGACUGUCUUUGGGUGGCUGCCCUAGCCCAUGCAAGCGCUUGGAUGAAGAGCUAAAAAGAAACCUUGAGACUUUGCCCUCCUUCUCAUCUGAUGAGGAGGACUCUGUUGGAAAGAACCAGGACCUGCAAAAGAGCAUCUCCUCUGCAAUCUCUGCACUGUAUGACACUCCUCAACUCAGCGCCUCCUCAAUGCAGCCUCCUUCACUUCCACCUCCACCUCCUCCUGAACCACUGACACCAACACAGCAACCACCAGCACUCAGCCCUCAACCACCAAUGCAUACACACCCUCCUUCACAUGCCCACACCCACUCUAUUGAGCCUGCAAGAUUACAAAGAGAAGUGGAGGAAGAAGAAAUGAAAGAGAAUGAGAAUGUUGCAGACGAGAUAGUGGAGCAAUACAAAGAAGAGAAAGAGAAAGUCCAAGACAUGGGGGUUCUGAGUGUCCCCAAAGUUGGAGACUCACUCAAAGAAUCUCUUGAAGCCGAAGCUCCCUCUUCUCUCCCACCAGUUUCCCCAUCAUCCCCUGCUCCCUCCUCUUCCCCCUCCCAUUCGCCGCUUCCUCCCCUCCCUCUUCCUUCUCCUCUCCCUCCACUAGAGGAUAAUCCAACCCCUCCUCAGACAUCUUCACUACAACAGAACUCGCCACCAGUGAGUCCUGUUGUUCCCUCUGUGCCCGUCCUUUCUCCUCUACCUCCUCCCAAUAUAGAGCCCCCUCCAUCCACAACCCCACCUCCACCCAGUCCACCUCCGGAAGAGGAGUCCAUUGCAGCACCCCCCUCCCCUGAAGAGCCCCCUGCGCCUCAGAUUCUACACAAGCACUUGGCCCAGAAACAAAGCGGUGCCGCUAUUGUUGGAGAGACUGAUGAGGAUGAGAGUGAGAGUGGGGGCGAAGGUAUUUUCAGAGAGAGGGAUGAGUUUGUGGUGCGAAUUGAGGACAUCAGGAGUCUAAAGUUGGCCCUGCAGACAGGAAGAGAGCCUCCUCCAAUUUGGCGUGUACAGAAAGCUCUGCUGCAGAAGUUUUCCCCCGAGAUUAAGGAUGGACAGAGACAGUUUUGUGCCACUAGUAAUUAUCUGGGCUUCUUUGGGGAUGCUAAGAAGCGCUACCAGCGGCUGUACGUUAAGUUUCUGGAAAACAUAAACAAGAAGGACUAUGUGAGGGUCUGUUCUUGUAAGCCUUGGCACAGACCUUCUGUCACCCUGAGGAGGCAAACUCAGGCAGUCCCUAAGUUAGUUCCACCCCCCAAUAACCAGACUCUCGUUGCGAGAGUUGAGAAAGAAAGGGAAAAUAUUAAGGAGACUCGUGAAACCAGAGAGAAGAACAACAUUCGGUCAAAAGAACAGACAAAGGACAAAGACAAGGUGCCUAAAACCAGGGAAAAGGAUGAAAAGAAGGAGCGGGAGAAAGAGAAAAGAGCUCCACCUCCACCGCCGCCACCCCAGAAACCUGAGAAACGAGCAUCAGUGACAGAGCGAGGGAAGGUGAAGGAGGAGAAGAAGAGUGGUGGAGUGGAGAAGAAGACUGAACGUGCUGCCAAGCCUCCGCCACCAAAGAUGAAGGCUGAACCUCCACCCAAGAAACGCAGGAAGUGGCUAAAGGAAGUAGCCUCAUCAUCAGAAUCAGACUCUUCAGCAAGUGAGGAUGAAAUCUCAGUAAAAGUUGGCCUGAACACGCGUGCAAUGCGCGAGAUGUACCGAAGCUAUGUGGAGAUGCUGGUUAGUACUGCACUUGAUCCGGACAUGAUCCAGGCUCUAGAGGACACCGAAGAUGAGUUAUAUCUUCCUCCAAUGCGCAAGAUUGACAGUCUUCUGAGCGAACAAAAGCGGAAGCUUCUGAAAAAAGUAAAUAUGAGCUCCCAGCAUCAGGAAGCUCUUCACACGUUCCCUCAGAUAACGGCAGAGACCCUGGACUCGGGGACAGUGAGGUUCAGACUGUGUGGGGAAAGCUACAACCGCAAAACCCUGAACCGUAUUAAAAAGAGUGUAUCCAAACCACAGGACCUCAAGUUGUCAACUGAAACAUGCAGACUCUACAGUCUCUACCAUUCACUGCAUCAUUAUAAGUAUCAUACCUUCUUACACUGUAAGAAAGAGACGGACACUAUAGAGGAGGCUUCAGAAGAUCCUGGCCAGGAGGAAGUUGUUCAGCAGUGCAUGGCCAAUCAGAGUUGGCUGGAGACACUCUUCAACUCCUUCUCAGAGCUGAUGGCCCUCAGCGCCAAAGCUUAAGAGACAAGAAAAGAAGGGAAGGGGAGCAUGAAAAAGGGGAACCACUGAGGAAUCAAGGAGGCCUCACGGUACAAAGGAAGCUGGAUUUAUUGUUGCCUAGCUCCCCUAUCCUCCUCCUUUUGUUUUACAGAUUAUUUUCUUUCAAUGGCUCUUAUACAGUGGCAACAGGAGAGGACUGCCAGCUGGUUGCCACUGGCAAAUAACUUUAUUAACUCUUUACAAAUGUCACCGAGGCCAUAGAUCUGGUGCAGGACCCCUCCUAAGUGUUCAAAGGAAUGGAUGAGACCAAACUGAGAUCACCUAAAAUGAGCUGACCAUACCGACUACACUGAACCAGGGGGAAAUGGAUGCACAGCACCAUUGCUACAGUUGAAGGAAUAUACUGUGUGGAAUCUUUAUAUGUUGAAUCGACUGACACGAUUCAUCAUGUUGGAAAUAACUGACAAGAGUUUGUCAACACUAGGGAGGAAGUCUGUUACUGUUUGAAUUUUACACAAAUCAUUUUUUAAAAGACAAUAGCAGUUUUAUUCCGGCUUCUUUUUCCUGAAACGAGAGCUACGGUUCUGUUUUGUAAUCGAGUAAAGAGUGGCGUGUGCGAUUGGAAACGACAUGAUGCAACAUUCAAACGCGUGCAACGACAUGAUGACAUUCAACGCUUUAAUCUACACACGUGAGCUAAAGUAAUGCAUUUGUAUUAUUUAUAAAGACAUUUUUAACGGGAAUUCGUACAUAAAAUACAAAUCAGUAACGCUUCAUUACAGUUAAAAUAAUGUUUGUUCAGAUGUUAUAAAUGGAUUCUAUUGCCACAUUAUGAGCUGUCUUCCUUUUCGCUCAUAAACGGUGGGUGGAUACAAUGGAAAUGUAUUAUUGUUUAUGUCUGUCACCGAAAAGAAUUGAAAGACAGAGUAGAACAAAAUAUUUCAAGCUACGCUAAACGGUAUUAUUGCAGUGCGUUGAAUUGAGAUUGAGAGUGAAGCAUUUGGUUCCCAUUAGGGAGGGUUUAUGUAUUAGUACUAUUUAAAAUGGAAAUUUGUUUUUAUUCGUUUGUCCUUUGUCUGUAUUCUGAGUAUUCUUUUGGAACAAUCUAAUACUGUGCUUCUUUCAAAAUAAAGCCUUUGUGUAAAUAUUGUACAGCUCUUGACAAAAUUCUCCCAGUUCUUCUGUACAUGGACUAUCCCUGUAUUUGACAAACAAAUAAACCGUCAACAACAGA